AUGCAACAACAGACUAGCAAAUACAAUUUCAGAUGGGAAGCGUUUACGAAGUUCGGAGCCGCUACGGCCACCGAAAUGACUGGCAAGAAUUUUGACAAAUGGCUGAAGGAUGCUGGUGUACUCGACUCAAAAACCAUUACCACCACAAUGACCGGCAUUGCUUUCAGUAAAGUGGCUGGCCCGAAAAAGAAGACCACUUUCGAGGAAACCAAAAAAGUUAUCAUUGGUGUAGCCGAAGAUCGUGCACGACAAAGUAAGAAAAGCGUACAGGAAGAAUUGGACGCAAUUACUGAGAAGCUGGCCCGGCUCGAAGCGCCGACGCUGAACAGCGCUGCAAAAGCAAACGCAAAUGGUGUCUACCAACGGCUCACCGACCAUACCAAGUACACAGGUGCUCAUAAGGAACGAUUCGAUGCUGAGGGAAAAGGUCGAGGAAAAGCAGGACGUGUUGAUGAAACCGAAAACACCGGCUAUGUGAGCGCAUACAAAAACAAGGACACCUACGAUAAAGUUCAUACUAAGCACUGA